UUCGUCUGUUUCAGAGAUAUAGCGGAAGAGAACUUUUGUUUAUAGUGUUUUUCAGAUCUUGAGCUCGAUGUUCACUUUUGUCCACUGAGACUUAGUAAAAACAGUUUACUAUUAUUGGGUUAUAAGUAGAUCAUGUUUCUGAGAAUCUUUGCACUAUCUAUACUCCUACACUGUUUCGGCUUUGGUUACUCUGAUGUUGAACAUCAAGAACUGUGCUAUGGGAGACAUUUACGCUUAUCAUCUAUUUAUUCACCAACUUAUUUCAAAGGACAGAUGUAUUUCACUCCGAGUACAGGGGAACCCCGGAGGCUACUGAUGGAAAAUGGACAGGUGAAGGACCCACGCCUGGAGUUUGCUUCCAUCCCACUUACUUUGAGAGAUGUGACAGAAAGAGAUGAAGGGACUUAUUCAAUCUCAUAUGAUGAUGACGACAGACUGUUUGUUAUCGUCAGAGUGAAUAUUUUAGAUUGUGCUGAAGAAGUGGAAAGGUCUUUGUAUUCUAUGUAUUCCGGUCAUAUUCCUAGAGAGGCUGAAUUACUGGAGUUCAUUUCCAUCCCCAGAAUAAGGGACAAGCCACAUGUCCUGUGGAAUCGCACAAACCCUCGGACCCGUAAAGGAAGCAGGGUACUUGUGCAGGGCGAUAGCUGGAAGAUUACUAAACUCGUUGAGUCAGACAGCGGCUUCUACAAUAUCAGGAAAAAAGACAACACUUUAAUAUCUAGAAUAAAGCUUACAGUAAAAGAGUACAUACUUUACUAUAAUGGUGAUGAUGUGAAGAAGGACGGGCUCCACAUCUCAUAUCCCGAUGGUUUUACCCCAUGGGACGUAACCUUCUAUCCUAAAGGGAUAGACAGAACAAAGGUAACUGUGAUGGAAGCUGGCCAUCUGCCUUUAGAUACAGACUAUUUUGGAACUGUGUAUUUUGAUGGGAGAAUUCAGGAGGUGCCUAAUGGCCUCAAGAUUGAUCCUGUGAAAAACACAGACUCUGGCGUCUUUGAGUUCAAAUAUGACGACGGCAAACUGGGCCUUGUUGUGGAGGUGAAUCUAGAGGAUGUAUCUAUUCCUGCGUACGAAUAUGUUGCUAUAAUCGCUGGCAUUAUACUUGUGAUUGUCUGCUGCUGCUGCUGCUGUAAGAAGUGCUGUUGUAAAAAGAGCUCUGCUAAAAGGGGGUCCACUCCUCAAACUGCAGCAGCACCUGCUGUGUAUUAUCAUGGCACAAAUCAACCUGAUUGCCCAAGUUACUCUGCUGCACCACCUACUCCAGCUUACUCUUACCAACCUAUUAGUACUCUGGGAAACCAAGAACCAACUACUUCCCCUGGGCCCCUGGUGUACAACCCAGUGGAUAUCCAUGUGAGCCCAACUCAGCCUGAGGUUGCAGUUCCAGGAGGGCAGGGAGCAGCUCCAGCUCAAUCAAUUGGCUCUGAUUUUCUGUCCUCAGACUCUGGGCCAACGUUUGAGUUUAAAGGAACAACCUUUCCCUCUGCUCCUCCCCUCAGCUCAGACUCAGCUAAUUGUGAUGUCUACAACUCAGAUAAACUCAAUUUCCUGUAGGUAGGAUGUAGGAUGCACGUUAAAUGUUCAAGUGUUGUGGAGUUGAAGUCAGCAUGGUGCUUUGGAUAAGCUGACAUAAUAGCCAUUUUAAUCCUUGAUACAUGACCAAAUGUGUCAUCAUAUUCUCAGGAUGUAUGAUAUUGUCUUUCUUUUCAUGUAAAUGCAUACAUGCAGUGUAGUCUAACAAAUGUGUGGCCUGCAAACUAUUAUUAGCUUUGGGUUUUUUGGGGGGGAUUUUAAACCUUUAGUGGGCGGCUUACAGUGUAGAGUGCACAAAUCAUUUAUAGUGUUUUAUCAAUGAACUCAUGAUAUCUUAAAUUGGUUGUAAGGCUGCAGUGGAGUCUGAUACCACUACCGUAACCACUUCAUCAGAGUGUUUUUAUAAUAUAGAAUAUAUAAAUGAAUGUGCCAUAAAUAUAGGUUUUUAUUUAGAAUGUAUAAUGUACAAAUAUUAUUUGAUUUUGGAAUUUUCCUGCUGCCUACGAUAUCAAAGCCAGGAGAGAUUAUGAGUAAGGAUUGAAACGGAUUAAACACUCAUGGGGAACAACACAUUACACUCAGCAAUUUAAGUCAUGGUUGCUCACUUUACUUAUCUAUAUCUAAUAUUUUAAUAUUGUUUCAAAGGUUCUUCAGGUUCAUAAUGUGUCUGUGGAUUUUUGAGAAAUGAUGUGUUCUUUUUUGUUUGCUACCAAGAUAUAGAAAAAAAUGAGCAAACUUUUUUGACCUCUCAUGUAUUGUUUUAUGAGGCCUCUGUUGUAGAAAUGAAACAGUUUUCAAAUUUUUUACAUUUUUGUAAGUUUUUAGGGUUAGGCCUAGUUGGGAGCAGAAUUUCUGUAUAUGUACUCACUUUUUCUGAACAGAUAUACAGAACAUAUAAGCAUUCAUUUGCAGGGUUGAUUGCUUACUUA